AUGGUCGACAACGAGCUGGUUGCAGAGCUAGGCGUACAAGGAGUACGUCGUCAGCUGAAUGUUCAAUGGUUCGGAGGCAGGGCCACAAGAGAGCCUACUAACGUGGUACGUCUGGAGAUCAGUGGAGCAGGCAAGUCGUCCCGACAUGUGCUGAGAAACGUCUAUGCCAUUUCGAACUUAAGUCUGCCGAUGCAGAGCCUGCACAGAAGCGAUGUUAGGAGCGUGAACAAGGACGCUCAAUUACCAAUGAAGCCCUACGUAAAUGCAGUGCCGAAGCUGCUUUUUGGUUUGGACCAUGGACAUCUAGGACUGCCAUUGAAAACGAGACGGUUUGCCAGCGAGGGACCGUACGCGGCCGCAACCGAAUUAGGAUGGGUUGUUUUUGGGACUGUAGAAGGACGACGAGACACGCCAUCACCGAGGUCUUGUCUGCUAGCCACGUCGUUGGAUGAUAACGUGGAACGGAUCGUCGAGGACUACUUCGAGAUCGAGUACUUCGGUGUGAAGGCGGCGCCAGCGGCCGCAGCCAGCGACGACGUGAGGGCUCAGAAGAUCUUGGAGGACACUACGGUGCGAGUUGGCCGCCGAUACCAGACGGGAUUAUUGUGGAAAACGGAUAACAUUGUGCUGCCACGUAGCUAUGAUAUGGCGUACAAUAGAUUGGUCAACAUCGAGAAGAAAAUAAAGCGAGAUGGGCAGGAAGGUGCCGUCGGAAUCUGCAGCGACAUUAAGGAGAUGUUUCACCAUUCGCUGAUCCGACCCGAGGAUGGAUGUGCGCAACGAUUUCUGUGGAGAGAUGGGAAUGACCAACGGGACCCCGACGUCUACGAGAUGUGCGUGAUGACCUUUGGAGCCGCAUGCUCACCGAGUGCGGCGCAUCACGUGAAGACAGUGAAUGACAAGCGAUUCCUGGAUUCGGAUCCCAGAGCAGUCAAAGCCAUCGUGGACUACCACUACGUGGAUGACUAUGUGGACAGCUUUGCCACAGAGAGCGAAGCUAUCGAAGUAUCUAGCAGAGUGAAGAAGAUACAUGCAGAAGGCGGUUUUGAGCUUUGCAAGUUUUUGUCCAGUUCGCCUACAGUGGAGAGGAUGCUUGGACCCAGUGAUCACGCCCAAAGUAUUGGAUGGGGUGAGGCCGAGCAAAAGAUUUUGGGAAUGCGGUGGCAGCCAGCCACGGACGACUUCAGGUUUCGAGUGAAGUACCACAAAGUCGCCCCCGUCGUGUCCGAUGGGAAGAGAAUUGCCACAAAAAGGGAAUUCUUGAGUAGGGUCAUGUCAACGUUCGACCCCUUGGGAUUCCUGUGUUGUCUAAUGAUAACAGCGAAGUUGUUGUUGCGAGAGGUCUGGAGAAGGAAGAUCUCAUGGGAUGAACCACUACCGGCUGAGAUGUACAACGCCUUUAUGGACUGUCACUCUAUCGAGAUGCACGUAUUUGUGGAUGCGAGUCAGUCGGCAUUCGCAUCAGUGGUCUACUGGAGGAUCACGUACGAGGACGGCGACGUGCAAGUAGGGUUCGUGUGCGCAAAGACGAAGUGUGCACCGAUGCGAACGAUGACGAUUCCACGGUUGGAGCUCAGACAGGACCAUAGUGUGGCCAUUGCAGAGACUGUGCUAUGGACGGAUUCGAAGACUGUGCUGCGUUGGAUUGGCAGCACACACAGGCGCUACAAGCAGUUCGUAGGUAACAGAGUAGCCGAGAUUCUGGAGUCGACGAAGGUGGCCCAAUGGAGAUGGCUACCAUCCGCCGACAACGUGGCAGAUGAUGCAACUCGAGCGCAACGCAGCGUGGACCUAAGCGAGGAGUCACGCUGGUUAAGAGGACCGGCAUUCCUGAGGAGACCAGCGGGCAGCUGGCCAGGAGCUGCACCCACCGACGAAGCCAAUGCAGAAGACGAAGAGGAGAUGCCGAGUGAGUUCGUGAUUGUUGGCGCGAGUGACCCGUUUAUAUCGCUGGAGAGAUUCUCAAGCUACAGGCGAUUGCUGAGGACUACGGCCUGGGUCCUAAGGUUCAUACGUCGAUGCCGUGGACAACGAGAUGAGCUGGAGAACUACGGCCUCAAUGUAGCUGAGUGUAAAGCAGCUGAGGACUUGUUAUUCCGUAGAGCACAACGUGAGGCGUUCCCCGAUGAGGUGCAGGCCGCAGAGAAGGGCUUGGACGUCGCUAAAGGAAGGGACAUAUGUGGACUGGCGCCAUACCUAGAUGGCAAUGGAAUCCUGCGAGCGUAUGGCAGGAUCGAUGCGGCGCUAUGUAUACCAUACAGCGCCAGGAGGCCAGUGAUCCUCUCCCACCGGCAUGGUCUCACGGAGAUGAUUGUGCGCGACGCCCAUGUGAGGAUGAAGCAUCAAAACGUGGAUGCUACGAUGGCGGAGAUCCGGACCAGGUUCUGGAUUACGAGACUGCGGAGAGUGCUUCGUAGUGUGAUCUCGGGAUGCAGCGAGUGUAAGCUGCACAGAGCACGGCCGAUGCCGCCGAUUAUGGGACCCCUGCCAGAUGAUCGUUUGGACGCCUAUGGCUGGCCGUUUAAGAGCACAGGCCUCGACUACUUUGGGCCGCUGCUAGUGACCGUUGCUCGGCACCAGGAGAAACGGUGGGUGGCCUUGUUUACGUGCCUGACGACCAGGGCGAUUCAUCUGGAACUGGCACAUGACCUGUCGACUGAUUCCUGCAUACUUGCAAUCAGGAAUUUCAUCUGCCGUCGAGGGCCUGUACAUAGACUGCGCAGCGACAAUGGCCGGAACUUCGUUGGAGCAGACAGAGAGGCCAAGAGAUUUGCGGAGAUCUUCGAACCCGAGAGGAUCCAGUCGGAGCUGUCAAGCAAAGGAAUUGAAUGGAUCUUCAACUGCCCAGCGAACCCGUCAGAGGGUGGAGUUUGGGAGCGAAUGGUACAGUGCGUGAAGAGGGUGCUACGUCACACAGUGAAGGAAGUGGCGCCGAAGGAGCACGUCCUGGAGAUGAGUGCGGACCAGGAAGCCCCUCUUACGCCCUAUGAUCUCUUCAAGGGAGCAGCUUGCCCACCGGAUACCCCCGGCCUGGAUGGAGGCCUCGUCAAGAAAGGAGCUACGCGGAAGCAGUGGCGCGUGGCAAGGAUGUUGAGAGACCGAUUCUGGAGGAGGUGGGUCUUGGAGUACCUACCCACGCUGACACGGAGAGAGAAGUGGUGCCGCAGAGAGAAGCCGAUUCAACGAGGAGACAUUGUCUUCGUUUGCGAUCCAGCCAUUCAGCGUCGAGACUGGCGGAAAGGCGUCGUGGAGGAGACCUUUGCUGGAACGGAUGGUGAGGUCAGACGAGCCCGCGUUAGGAUCAUGGAUGGAGAUCGGACCCGCUGGAUAAUGCGCCCCGCUUCAAAGUUGGCGGCUUUGGAUUUGAGUGAAGAAGUUCUUCACGGAGAGAAGAAGCCAUAUCGUUUAAGUCCGUGCGGGCGAGAUUUGGUUAGGGACAAAAUUAAUGAACUGCUAAAAUGCAAUAUAAUUAGGCCAAGCUGCUCACCUUAUGCAAGCCCUUUAUUAUUAGUGAAGAAAAAAAAUGGUACGGACAGACUUUGUGUUGACUUUAGAGAGCUGAAUUCAAAUACGGUUGCUGAUAAAUAUAAUUUACCACUUAUACAGGAUCAAAUCAAUAGGCUUGGGGGAGUUAAUUACUUUACAUGUCUAGACAUGGCCAGCGGAUAUUACCAAAUUCCUUUGCAUUCAGAUUCUAUUGAGUACACGGCGUUUGUGACUCCGGAUGGUCAAUACGAGUUCCUGUCCAUGCCAUUUGGGCUCAAAAACGCACCUUCUGUUUUUCAACGAUUAGUAAUACAGGCGCUAGGGGAUCUAGCAAAUUCUUUUGUCAUCGUCUAUAUGGAUGAUAUCAUGAUAGCCGCCUAAACAAAAUGCGAGGCGCUAGAAAGAUUACAGAUCGUUCUAGAUGUUUUGACAAAUGCUGGGUCAUUCAAUCUUACAAAGUGCUCAUUCAUGAAAACAUCGGUUCACUAUUUGGGUUACAAUAUAAGUGCGGGUGAGAUUCGUCCAAACCCACAGAAAGUUGUAGCGUUGACUGCUCUUCCGCCUCCCCAGUCAGUCACUUCACUUAGACAAUUCAUUGGGCUAGCAUCCUAUUUCCGACAGUUUAUUAAGGGAUUUUCACAAUUAAUAAAACCGUUAUAUUUCUUAACUGCAGAUAAAAACAAAUUUAUUUGGAAAACAGAAAUACACACACAAUCACGGAAUUACAUGAACAACCGGAGAAAGGAGGAGACCUACAAUGGGAUCAUGGAAGUGGACAAAAGAACCGUAAGAACGGAUCUAUUCCAGGCGGCAGGCCUAUAA